CUGGGCUGGCAAAGAGCUAAAUCUACAGCAGCAUACCGACACACAGAUACUGUACUAACCCCAAUCUGCCCCGGCCAAGUAAACCUGUCAGGAGUAGACGAGCAAAAGCUAAUUGGACUUUCUCUGCAGGCGUAACGUUAUUUUUUGAGAACUCACAGCAGCACCGUUAGCAGGCUAAGCUAGCAGGGCUAACAACAGUUAACGUUAGUUAGCUAAAACUCCUGCUCCGCUGAAGACCACCCACUGCAGGGUGCUGGACUUGACACAUCCGACUAUGUAAGCUGCUCUGAUGAGUGGACUUGUAAAUCCGUACAGCGCCUGGUUAAGACAGCUCUCAAGCUGGUCUGGAGGACCGUACCUUUACUGUGACAUAUAAACAUCUAACAGACCUUCAGGUGAUUUGGCUGGACAGGUGUAUGUUGGCCUGGAUUGGAGCAUAACUCCCCAGAGCAGCCUCCUCCCUUCCCCCUUCCAUUGCUCUACCUGUAAAGACUACUAUGCCUCUGGGGUUGGGAAGAAGGAAGAAGGCGUCCCCGUUGGUCGAGAAUGAGGAAGCGGAGCCUAUCCGCGCAGGUCUCAAUGUGCCAGGUAUGGAUGGCCUAGAUGGGGGUGUUGUGGGGCUGGGAGAAGGUGCCACCUCUGAAGGUCUGCCUCCUCCACCUAGCAGCAUGCGACCUCGCCUCAUCUUCCACACGCAGCUCGCUCACGGUAGCCCCACAGGCCGUAUUGAGGGAUUCAGUAAUGUGCGUGAGCUCUAUGCCAAGAUUGGUGAGGCCUUUGGGAUACCACCGUCUGAGGUUAUGUUUUGCACGCUGAACACUCACAAGGUGGACAUGGAUAAACUGUUGGGAGGUCAGAUUGGGCUGGAGGACUUUAUUUUUGCCCACAUUAAAGGACAGCGUAAGGAAAUAGAGGUGUACAAAGGGGAGGAUGCACUAGGGUUGACCAUCACUGAUAAUGGAGCUGGCUAUGCUUUCAUAAAGAGAAUCCGCGAGGGAAGCGUCAUCCACCAGAUCCAGGUCAUCAACGUGGGUGAUAUGAUCGAGUCUAUCAACGGCCAUCGCCUGAUUGGGUGUCGACACUAUGAGGUGGCCAAGAUGCUGAAGGAGCUGCCAAAAGGGAAGGAGUUCACCAUCAAGCUGGUGGAACCUCUCAAGGCCUUCGAUAUGAUCAGCCAGCGUUCUGGAGGGUCCAGGUCAGCAUCAGGGGUGCAGCUGGGGACUGGAAGAGGAACUCUGCGGCUGCGCUCUAAAGGUCCCGCGACUGUGGAGGAGCUGCCCUCUGCGUUUGAGGAAAAGGCCAUUGAGAAGGUGGAUGACCUUCUUGAGAGCUACAUGGGCAUCAGAGACAGCGAGCUGGCGGCAACUAUGGUGGAGCUGGGAAAGGACAAAAAGAACCCGGAUGAGUUUGCCGAGGCUUUAGACGAAACCCUGGGAGACUUCGCCUUCCCCGAUGAGUUUGUUUUCGACGUCUGGGGUGCCAUCGGCGACGCUAAGGUCGGGCGUGUGUAAGCGCAGAAACUAAUGGAGCAGAAGAACCUGUGUGUGUGCGUGACACCCACAACAUUCAGCACUACUAGGAAACACAACACUACCGUCAUGAGUUUUUUAUUUUUUAUUCCAGUGUAUACUUUUAAUUUAAGAGUGCUCCCUUUUGGGAGACUCUGCCUAGACAAAGAGGAUAAUGCCAGUUAAUGGGAGUAAAAGGUGACAGUGAUGACUUCCCAAGUGCUUUUUUUUUUUUGUCUUCCGGCUUUUUCCAGAAACUACAAGCACGAGUCACAUGACCCUCGCAUGUCAUUGUUGUAGUUGCUGUCAGUGGAACAAGUACAGCACAAGUCUCUAAUAUGGGAGAAAUGAAAGACAACAGCUAACACAAAGUAGAUCUUUGAUACUUAACAGAAAACAAUGUGAUUUAUCCCCCACGUCGCACUGUGUUGCACUGCACUGUAAAGCAACAACAGAAGUGAACAGAUAUUGCACCGUGCCACACCUGGUGAGUGGCACAGUUAUUGCACAGUACAAGGCCUCCCUGAGUUACAGUGUCGCCCUAAAACACUCGAUGUUACUGUUACGGAUCUGUUUUACAAGCAUGUGCUGGUAUAUUUUUAUCUUCAUAAUGAAUUCUGCUGGGUUUGUUCUUUUUUUUUGGGAGGGGUAAAAGAAAAAUAAUUGUAGUUACAAAAAGGGUCAAAGUAAAGUGUAGCUCACUAAUAAAAAAGUCAGAGGUGGUUAGGUGUUUGCCGUUAACACACUCCGUGCUGUAAUGAACUGCAACACAUUCCAGUCUCACUUUCAUACAUUUGACAGUGUUACAGAAAAUCAGUGUUACUGUGUUUAAUUGAAUAAUUAAUUGAAAUGAUAAUGCGAAGUUGGUUUCCAGGUUUGUGGAUUGUUUUACUUUUUUAUUUUUUUUUUUAUAGCUAGUGUUUUUACAUAAAGUGAUGUGAUGUCUAUUUUAAAACCAUUUUGUGUGUGUGUGUGUGUGUGUGUGUGUAACAGAUGAAGAAUUUGAACCUGUGUUGCGACUACUUUAUUGUUUUUGAAGAAUUACAGAAGGCAGUAUUAAAGAAGAGAGAGUGACGAGGUGGGGUAGUUGUGUUAAAAAAAAGAAAAAAAAAA